AUUCCAACACAGCUUCUACAACAAGAACAACUUUCUUACCAUCUUCCAUUUCCAAUCUUCAAAUUCUCUCUUCAACUCUUCACCAAACACCACUUCCAACCAUCAAAAUGAAGGCCUCCAUGAUCAUCUCUUCUGCUGCUCUCUUCUGCGCCGGCGCUCUCGCUGCCCCAGCGACCGCCCGCUCUGCUUCCCCCGUUUUCACAGUCCAACUCGCCAACGACAUCUCUGGCAAGAACGCCAAUGCUGAUGUCCCCGUCAACGGCGGAGCCCGCACAUUCGGCCAGCUCUUCGGUGGUGCUUUUGGCCCCAAGGUCCUCGCUACCUCAAUCCAAGCCGUGAGCCCCGGUGCCGGCGGUAACAACGUGCAGUGCGUCCUCAUUGACCCUGCCGCCCCAGCCUUCGGUGUAGUCCUCAACUCCUGGAACACUUUUGUCGACCUCGACGGCAACCUCGACAAGGCUAUUGAGACCGAUGUUACUACUUUCACUAUCGAGUGCUUCUUGUAGAUGGAUGGCUUGGUGAUGGAGCAUAGAGAUGGGGGCUGGUGAUGGCCUUUGAGGACAUUCCUUUUGAUUAGCAUUUGUUUUGCAUAGCGUCUUGGUGUUUUCUUAUCUUUUAUUACGAAUAUCCACAUUCCUU